CGAAUCAAUAUGAUGGUCAAUGCUAAUUUGAUGUUGAUGGUGGUCUUUCUGUGGGCUGGAACAUUACCAGUGGCCAGUCCCAAGAAUUACCCCUUCAUGUUAAAAAGACAAACACCAGAUUGUGAGAAGUACGUUCUGCCAAUAAAUGCAAUGUGGGAACCGACAUGUGACGAAAAUAAACGAUACAAGUGCAAAAAAGGAUAUGAAUCAAUAGUUCAGACCACCUGUGAAAACGGUGGCUGGACUUUGGAACCAGCUUGUGAAGCUGUAGGGUGUCCACAAGGUGAGAUUAUCACUCUCUCUGAUGAUGUAACAGAAUCCAGUAUUGUUGGAGGACUUUUUCAUUUUAGCUGCUCUGUUGGCUUCGUUGAAACUGGUACUCUGAGGUGUGAGGAAAAUGGUACUUGGACAGAACAGAAAGCUUGUCAAGUGGUACUUAAAGCAGUAGUGAAUGGAAAUAAAAUGGAUGAAAGAUAUAGAAUCAAUAAUUGUACAGAAGAAUGUGCUACAACACCCAAGUGUGGCUAUACUCCAGGAGUCCAUGGUAUAUGUGACUUAUAUAGAAAACCAGUCAUCUUCAUCUAUUACAACACUGCAAGAGUUUCCGAAUGCAUCCAAAAAUGUAAAGAUGAACCAAGAUGUUUGACAAUAUUUUAUGAAUCUCUUUUAGAAAAAUGCUAUUUAUACAAUACUGACUUCACCACUAUAACGAAUACAGAUGGAUUGGCGGUAGUUAACGAUGAACCAGGUGCCAUUGUAGAGAAAUCUGGUUUUGAUUUCGUUAAUACACCAUAAAGUCACGUGGUCUGAGUAGUGACUAUUAAGAUUAAAUUGUCGAUUUGAAUAAAAUUAUCAGUUU